GAGACCACGUUGCGCGUGGUAUCGUCCGCGAUUCCCAGAAGGCUCUAUUCCAUGAUAGAGAUCGACCAGGAGCUUGAGGCGCUCGCUAGCCAGCCGCUUGGGGUCCUGGCCGAGAGCCUGGAGUUCACGGGGCCGGAGGUUCAGCGGGCCAAGGAGCCAUGGCAGGUACCGUUCUACCCUCCGGACCUCAAGGGGGUGCUGGACGAGGAUGGCAACGACUACCUGGACCGGCUGGGCAAGGACGUCGACGAACUGAAGAAGACGCGCGAGGAGCGGAGGACGACGAAGCAGCCGAUAUGCCAGAAGAAGAAUUUGCUCUCCCAUGAUCUACACGGCCUGCUGGACAGGGAGCCCCAACAGAGCGUCGUGGAAGGCGGGAAGGCGGCGGGGCACAGCCUGAAGGCGAUGGCCAGCCUGAAGGAGGCCCUGCUGCAGAAGCUGGACGCCGAGCGGGAGCAGAUGGACGCAGCGUGGGUGACGCUGAAAACGGAGUUCGGCCUCCAGUACAGCACCGUGCCCCCGCGGGCCCUGCUGUCGGCGCUCUUCUCCGACAGGUGCACCCAGGACCUGAAGCGGCUCACCAAGAGCGACAAGAAGGCAGCGAGCCUCGCCGCCUGCAUGGGCCUCCUCAUGGCGCGCACGUGUCGCAUCGCGCAGCUGGAGAUGUGCGUCACCCUGACCCAGGGCCUGCACGUGUCCUUCAGCGACUGGCUGGUUCGCGCGCUCCUCUUGGCGCACGCUCAGAACACGUGCAACUCUGCAGUCACAGAGGUGCUGCACACGUCGAAGGAGGGCAAGCAGCUGAUUGCGCUGGUGGACAGCAGGCUCGAAGGAGAGGAGAAGACUGACCCUAACGGUGAGAAGGGCGAGCUCGCAGCAGUGCUGAACGACUUGCUCCGCGCUGCAAGCAACAUCUUCAACAUGAUGCAGGUGAAACGCUGGCACGGCCCUGAGAACAGCGAUGGUACCGGAUGCUUUGAGUGCGAUAUCCGUUGCUUGCUCGUUGAGUUUUGCACUGGCUUUCUACUACGCCAGCGCCAGUACUGCAUAUCCAGAGACCUGGCUGAGUGCGCCAAAAAGACCCAAUCCGUUGUGCAGCAGAUGAUCAUGGGCGCAGGGAAGUCGACAGUCAUCGGCCCGCUGCUUGCGCUCAUGCUCGCCAACGGGGAGACACUCGUGAUGGUCAUCUGCCCCGAGGCGCUGCUGGCGAUGUCGCGGGACUGCUUGACGGCCAUCCUCGGCUCCGUGCUUGGCAGGCGCGUGUACCAGUUCUACUGGCUGAGGCAGAUCCUCUCUGACGGCAACAUCGCCGAAGUGGAGUCCAAGGUGAUCGGCAUCCGCCGCAAGAUGGAGCGCGCUGCGCACGACCAGGGCUGCUUCAUCACCACGCCUGGGUACGUGAAGACCUUCUUCCUGCAGUACGUCCACGCGAUGGUGGACGCGGCGAAGGUGGACCAGGCGCUCACGCUGCCGGCGGCGGAGCUGAAGAAGCAGCGGUGGGGCAACAUCGGCCAAGUGCUGGACUGGUACCGCACGCGCGAACGCAUCGCCGACGAGAUGGCGCGCGUCCUGCAGUUCUGGAGGGACAGGUGCACCGUUGUGAUCGACGAGGUAGACCUGGUGCUGCACCCGCUGAAGAGCGAGCUGAACUUCCCCAUCGGCUCCAUGGAGCCUCUUCAGCCCACCCCCGAGCGCUACACCAUGCCCGUCUUCUUGUUGGAGGCGCCCAUCUGCGCCGCAUCCGAGAAGACGCCAGCCGAGGCCCUGAAGCACGGGCCAGAGGCGAAGGAGGCCUUUGACGAGGUGAAGGAGGCCAUCGGGCGGGGCAUCGCGGAGUUCUCCGUGCAGCGCAAACCUCUGGUCAUCAUGUCUAAAGACUGGUACCACCAGGAGCUGAAAGGGCCCAUGGGCAAGUGGGCCCUGGUGUUCUUGCAGCAGUGCCUACGGAGCGAGUGGCAGACCCUGGUGGGGAACUCAGAGAAGGCCGACAUCGAGAAGCUCCUCUCCGGCGAGGCCGCCGCCGCGGGGCCCCUGCCGCGCAUGACGCUCGCCUCCGCCGCGACCCGCGGCACCCAGCGGCUCUCCCUGUCGGCAGGACUGCUGCCGCUGGAGCCGCUGAAGGAAGAUCAGGAGGAUAGCGCCGAGAGCAUCAACGAAAGGGAGAAGGAGAGGCAGAUGCGGGCGCAGAGCCUUUGGGCGAAGUGGUGGGGCGCGCAUCGGGGCGUCGUCCUGCACUACAUCGGCGCGGCGGGCUCCGCCAAGGACCAGAGUGAUGCUUGCGAGUUGGUGAAGAGGUGGGGGUUGUCCGAGCACAAGGUGCAGGUCCUGAACAAGUGCAGGGAGUGGAUCCGGGCGUUGCUGGUCCACUGCCUCAGCAAGCGCAGCCGGAUCGAUUACGGGCUCCUGAUCCCCAUCGGUGCGCCGACCGCCCAGGUGCUGAGGACACCGCAGGCCUCGAGGCAGUUGAUGGCCGUGCCGUUCGUCGGCAAGGACGUCCCGUCGAAGGCCGCGGAGUUCGCGUCCCCAGACGUCGCGAUCGGCCUCACCUACCUGGCGUACGAGUACGAGGGCCUGCGUCGGUUUAUGUUCUACAUCCUGGUGUACAUACUGAAGGACUCGAUGAACAAGGAGACCGGGCCCUUCGACAUGAGGCCGUCCUGGACGCUGUUCGACGAGUGGGUCGUGCAGGCCAAGGUCAAGAGGCCCGCGGCGGAGGUCCUGCCGCUGGACCUCUUCGCCCCCGGCGACGAGGACCAGCUCGAUCAGCUGCAGGAGCUGAUGCAGGAUGAGCCCGCCGUCCGCUCCCACUUCCUGCUGAGGCACGUGUUCCAGAAGCUGUGCUACAUUGGCGAGAACGGCGCCGUGAAGCAGAUCGCCGGCACGGAGGCGAUGAUGACGCGACUGUCCAGCAGCUCGAUGGACCUGGGAGGGGAGAUGAUCUUCAAUGUGCGGAUCGGCUUCACGGGUACUCCCAACGAGGUGCUCCCGCAGGCCUUCGCGAUCGACGGCAAGCGGUGCAAGUACGAGCUCAUGAGCGAUGCGGAGAUCGUGUGCACGCUCACGUCAAAAGAGUGCGUCGAGGUUCAGGUCGUGGGGCCAGGACAUCCGGCACGCGAGAUGGGCGAGGGGAAGCACGUGGUUUGGAGCGUUGACUCUCUAUUGGGAUACAUCGCCACGCAGGCAUUGGCUCAGAAAUGGACCGCUCUGAUCGACACCGGUGCACUCAUCACGGGCCAGGACAACCUGGGCGUCGCAAAAAUUCUCAUGGAGCGUGGGCUCAGAGAGAGCGGUUUCAAGGGCGUCGUGUACCUUGACACCGAGAAUGAGAAGCGCCUCUUUAUGGCCGAUGGUCGUGAGGGGGUGCCUUUCGCCACAUGUGGACUGAAGCCUGGCGAGAGGUUCACCUUCUUCGACCAGGUUCACUGCACCGGCAUGGACAUCCCUCAGGUGCCCAACGCCAUCGGUGUUGCCACGCUUGGAAAGGGCAUGACCCUCAGGGACCACGCCCAGGCUGCCUGGCGCAUGCGCAAGUUCGGGGAGGGGCAGAAGAUCGUCCUGCUGGUGAUCCCCGAGGUCAUGAAGCAGGUCGACAACCUCAAGAGGAGGCAGGAGCCGAACGCUCCUGCGGAGGACGAGCGCGGGACGGACGACGGCGGCUCGGUGCCAAAGGUGCUGGACCAGCAGACCCUGCUGAACGACAUCAUGGCCUGGGAGGCCCUCUCCCUGCAGCAGCUCCGGGACUGCUGGCGCCGGGGCGCGAUGGCUGACAUGCUCAGGUCGAGGCAGCCGCCAAAGUACCAAGCGGGCGACAAGGUCAAGGUGCAGGGGUAG